AUGUCUUCGCCACCUGAACUGGGGCCCGGAUCCCUGGCCAUGCUCGAUCUAGGUAGUAGAUAUAGCCUCCUUUCCAUUCCAGGCAGGGGCGAUGGAUCUGGAAAACAGUCGUUACGGUUACCAAUAAUUGCCCCCAAGGAUGAGAUAUCUCCAUCGGCCAGUACCCCCGCUGGAUCGAGUACGGUCAAUACGCCCGCAAACCUGAGCGUUCCCCCGCGUGUGCAGUUGCUGCCACGAUCGAGGACAGGUUGCUGGUCAGUGCUUUCUUCUCAGAUCUACUUUCUCGAUAACCUUGGCUCACCAUCUCCACAGGACAUGUCGAGUGAGCACUCCUCUCUCAUUAUGGUCAAUGUUUGGUCUGUGCUGAUCGUGCUGACGACUACUCUUGUGCUUGAUAGAGCCGCAAAGUCAAAUGCGACGAGAUUCGUCCCACAUGCGGACCCCCGGCUGUCAUUCCGCGAUGACACGCCUCGGGUCGUGGAACGCAUGUCUGAAGUAUCCACCGCCGGGAACGCUGUUUGGGAUCCGUCAUCACGGAUUCACUCUCCUCCUGUGUCCCCCGGUCUACCAGAUUCAAUGCCUCCAUUCUCCAUGUUGACUUCGGAUGAGGAGCGUGAGAGGAAAGCCGAAAGCUCAAGCCCAGGCACUUACCAUGUUAUUGUGAACCCGGACAGCUUCUCGGGACUCCCAGAAUAUGCGGACGAAUCGGCCGACGAUUUGAAUAUCAGCAGCCUGUCACUUGGUAGAGGAUCAGAGACCAGCUCGAGGAUUGGCAAUAGCCGAAGAGGCGAGCGGGAGAGCAGCAUCGAAACUGGUGACCCGAAUGUGGUCAUUCUGAGUCGGUUUGAAGACAGUACCCACCGCUCCCCGUCCUCCCAGUGGAAGAAGUCGAGGUUAUCCCCGGCAUCAGACAUCACGGCCGCCUCCUCUCAAGCCAUCCCUGCUCAGUUUCCUGUUGAUGAAAAAGGCCCCCGUCCACUCGACCGCAUGGUCUCCCAAGGAGGGCAAGAUGAGAGACUGCUCUCGCAUUUUCGCGAUGUCGUUUGGAGACAACUAAUCCAGGGCCAAUCGACCAGAGACUCGUCGCCCAUUUCCAGUCCGAUCUUUCCAAAUGUGUACAUCUUCGAGGAAGUAGCCUCUACAUUCCGACCACUGUUCCACGCCAUGAUGGCUGUUUCUGCUCUCAGCCUGGCCCACAAAAACGAGGGGCAAAGCAUUGACGCACUACAACAUUACCAGCAAGCCUUUCCCUCGCUCCAAACGUGUAUUCGAAGCGACGAAGACCUCAGUUCGGAUGGCGUUUUCCUAACACACUUUCUCCUGCUGAUCUAUGAGAUUGCGGCCGCUGAACCUGGUGGCUCCAAUCUGUGGUCCCAUCAUAUCUCCCGGUUGCUACGGAUCUCUUUGAUGAGGAACUCAACCUUUGGUGGGAAGGAAAAAUACCCCUAUAUUAUUUGGUGGAUCUGCAGCAUUGAUUUGUACGCACUCUUUAGUGGAGCAGGUACGGGAGAAUUUCUCGGUGCCAUGCUGAAGAACAACAUGCUCCCGAGUCCGGAAUGUCAGCUCUACCCCCUGGCUGCCAACGGAUAUAGCGUUAUCUACCCCGAGGAGAGUGACAGUCUGCCGGCCGUCUUGCAACUGUACCAUAAGACCUUUGUCCUGGCAGCCCGUCUCGGAUUCCUCGCCGCUGAUCUCCGUCGAGGAAGCAUCUCGGCCGCCUUUGGCGAUGGAUCGACGAGCUCAGGAUCCUUUGCCCAUGCGGCACAGCACUCUGGAAAGCUCUAUGAGAUCCGACACAGCCUACAACAACUGUGGCAAUCAUCGAACGCAACUUAUCUUUGUCAGCGCAUGGAUAGUUUUCCGCAACGGCCAAAAGAGCUCCUCCAGAAUGCUUUGACUUUGUAUCACGCGUGUCUGAUCUACUCAUAUACCAGCAUGUGGCCUGGGCAGCGCAUGGCCCCCGACAGCGCGUCUGACGAGGUGAUCGGGCACCACGCGGCGGUGAUCUUGCAGGUGGCGGAGAACAUCGUCAACACGGGACGAUUCGAUCUCCGAUUCAUCAUCUUCCCCCUCUUCAUGGCGGGGACGGCCACGUCAUCGGGCGACCAGAAGAUGUUAGCAAUGGACCUGAUGUCGAGCAUGGAGAAGGAAGGCCUGGGCCGCAACGCAACGACGACACGGAACCUGCUCCAGAUUGUGUACGAGCGGCAGACACUGCAAUUCAUGACGGUGGGCCAUUCGCUGAAUGUGGAUUGGGCCGAGAUCAUGAUGGAACAGGGACUGCAAGUUGUCAACUUUGGGCUGUAA